CCAAGUCCAACCCAAGUCCAACCGGACCCAAGUCCAACCGCUUGUCACACAAGAAACCAACUAAGCUGAGAGACAACAUAUUCAAGCAAGGAAGGAGGCUUCGCUACAAGGCUCUCUCUUCCUUCUUUGGCCCUGGAGGGGAAAUCAUCAGUGCCCAGGAUCUGAGAGGCAUGUUCUGCAAUGCAGCAGCCCUUUGUGUGCCCCUGGUACGGCUCCUUCGGGGAAGGAAGGUUGGCGUCCCACUCAUGAGGUGCUUGCACCAGACUCUCAGCAUGGCCAAGCAGCUGCAGGCCCGAAGACUGGAGGGGACGGAGCACAACCCCUGGGUGGAGUAUAUCAAGCUGGCCAAUGAAUACAAAGACGCUGUCAACUUGGGCCAGGGCUUCCCAAACUUCCCACCCCCAGACUUUGCCGUGGAAGCCUUUCAGCACGCGGUCACCGGGGACUACAUGCUCAACCAGUACACCAUGGCAUUUGGUCACCCACCGCUGACAAAGGUCCUGGCAAGUUUCUUCGGGAAGCUGCUGGGACAGGAGUUGGACCCACUCGCCAACGUGCUGGUGACCGUGGGAGCCUAUGGGGCCCUGUUCACAGCCUUCCAGGCUCUGGUGGACGAAGGAGACGAGGUCAUCAUCAUUGAGCCAUUUUUUGACUGUUACGAGCCCAUGACACUGAUGGCGGGGGGUCGCCCUGUGUUUGUGUCUCUGAAGCAGAGCCCCAGCCAGGACCAGGACCUGGAUUCCAGCAGCAGCUGGCAGCUGGACGCCACGGAACUGGCCAGCAAGUUCACGCCUCGCACUAAAGUCCUGGUGCUCAAUACACCCAACAACCCCCUUGGGAAGGUGUUCUCCAAGGCGGAGCUGGAGCAGGUGGCCAGCCUGUGCCGGCAGCACGACGUGCUGUGCGUCAGUGACGAGGUCUACCAGUGGCUCAUCUACGACGAGAACCAGCACAUCAGCAUAGCCAGCCUCCCCGGCAUGUGGGAACGGACCCUGACCAUUGGCAGUGCUGGCAAGACCUUCAGUGUCACUGGCUGGAAGGUGGGCUGGGUCCUGGGUCCCGAGAACAUCAUGAAGCACCUGCGGACUGUGCACCAGAACUCCAUCUACCACUGUCCUACCCAGGCCCAGGCCGCGGUAGCCCAGUGCUUUGAGCGGGAGCAGCUCCUCUUCGGCCAACCCAGCAGCUACUUUGUGCAGCUGCCUCAGGCCAUGCAGCGCAGCCGGGACCACAUGAUUCGCAGCCUGCAGUCCGUGGGCUUCAAGCCUGUGACCCCCCAGGGCAGCUACUUCCUCAUGGUGGACAUCUCGGACUUUAAGAGCAAGAUGCCCAACCUGCCUGGUGCUGCGCACGAGCCCUAUGACAGACGCUUCGUCAAGUGGAUGAUCAAGAACAAGGGCCUGGUGGCCAUGCCGGUCUCCAUCUUCUACAGCGGGCCACAUCAGAAGGACUUCGACCACUACAUCCGCUUCUGUUUCGUGAAGGAGGAAGCCACACUCCAGGCCAUGGAUGAGAAGCUGCAGAAGUGGAAGGCUGAGCUCAAGUUCUGAGGUUGCUGAUGGGCCACGCCGGUGCCUCUUUGUCCAGGUUCCAGCCGUUCCCACAUCAGGGAGCUGGUACUCUGUGAUCUAGACUAUCCCUAGGGAAGAGCCUGCCUUGGUCUGGGGCAUCAUCUGUCCCCUUCCCCGGUGCCUGGAACUCCUGUUUCAGUGUGGGUGAGAGAGGCCUGGGAACUCUCUGCCCCUCCCUGGGUCUGCUGUAGGCCCUUGGGUCUCUUCUGGCUUAGCUGGGGAGAACUGGCACCAUAGCAGACCUUGAAUCCCAGCCCUGUCGCCGACCCUUUCCUCGGCCCCGCUGAAGCUCUGCCAUCACCUCUACCUUUCCACAUCUAACCUUGACCUCAGGAAGUUCAAUUCAGUGCUGAGUCUUUUUUGCCUGUAAUAAAAUUUUAAGUUAUUCAAACUCUA